UUCUGCCAGAACUCAAUUCUCACCAGUUUGUCAUAUGCACUGACCGUGAGACUGCCAUUGAUAAUGCCAUCACUCGAACUCUUCCUAAGUUUUACAGGGUAAACUGCUGGAAUCACCUCCUCCGGAAUGUCAGGUACCAGAUACAGAAGCUGAGUGAGCAAAAAGAUGACGAAGAAGUGUAUGUUGAAAAUAUCAGACACAUUCUUCAGUCCCAGACUGAAAAGGAAUGGAAUUAUAACCUAAAAUGGUAUUCCAUGAUCUGGAGUUUGGCGUUUGAGGAAUACUUCAGAGUUAACCUCGAAGCGGAUGUAAAAAGGAGUGCAACAUUUGCCCUCAGAAAUCUAGGACUUAUGCUCUCUGAAAUAACAGAGAAUGCCUCAGAGAGCUUCAACAACACUCUAAAACAAAUGGUUGAAUGGAAGGAGGUUCGACUAGAAAAAAUGGUUUGGUCUUCAUUCCACCUUCAAACAUAUUAUGUAAAUGAAAUCAUGAGAGGCCAAUGCAACGUCGGCAGCUUCCACCUGAAAGACCCCUCCAUUGCAGUCACACCUGACCAACUUCACUUUCCAGACAAUGUUCUUUCACUGGAGCAAAUUGUGGGCCUAUAUAAGAAGAGUUCCACCCAAGAACAAAACAUUAAGGCUUUGGAGUCAGAAAUGUCAACAAGGCAGUCAAUGGCAGAGCUCAUAAUAAACCAAAAUAAAAUAACAUUAGAUCCAAAGUCUAAAUCAUUCAUAGUGACAGGUUGGAGAGGAGACAAAUACAUGACCUCGUUGGCACCAGUUGAACACUGUUCUUGUAAUAUGGCACAGGAAUGUUGUCAUAUUCUUGCCGCCCAAAUGGCACUUGGGUUUGAACAGAAGAAACCCCAAAAAACUUCCUUCCAGUUAAAAAAAUUGGUGAGGAAAGUUGGGAGGAGGAGGAGAUCUGGGUUGAAGGGGCCAACGUCAGAAGGUACAGUGUUGCCAGCACCAGAUUCCCAGGCUAGUCAGGCGAUUCCACGUGAGUCACAAUCAAGCACUGCCACACAGUAUGGUGGCAUACUGGAACCAGAUGUCCCAGGACACAUGAGUAAAGUUACAGAACUGUGGUCCAAGAAACCAAACAACACUGUGGUAGCCAGUCUUGACAACAGUGCCAUGUCCAUCAUCCGUCAUACAGAUUUUCUUUCGCUCAAGCCUAACAACUGGCUUGUUGGAGAGACCAUAGAUUUCUAUCUCCACCUAAUGAAGAAGGAGAUGGACCUGGAAAACAAUGUCCUUGUCAUGGAUCACUUCUUGACUGGGGCAAUUUUAGAGGGCAGACAAGAUAUUCAAAAAAAGCAUCUGCUGAAAAGGGUAUGUCUGGAAAAAUGUGGGGCUAUAAUCGGUGCAUGGAAUCUUCAUCACAAUCACUGGGUUCUUGUGUACCUAAAUGUCAACACACACACUGUGGUGCUUCUGGAUCCACAGAAGGACAAUGAGAUGGUGGAAUCAAAAGUAGCUGCUGAUUGCUUUAGCAACUUUUUUGCCCUACGUAAUGAGCGACUUAAAAAACAGGAGCUGUGUGGGAAAAAUUGGAAACCAGCCACAGUUGCACACACAUUACAAAAAGACAGCUGUAGUUGUGGGGUCUUUGUAAUGGAAAUGGGCAAGCAGCUUAUCAACAACUUUCCUCGGGUUCCCAGUUACAUCAUCAUUCCAGGUGACAUCAUUCAAUGCCGGGAGACUAUGGCGAUGGAAAUACUCAGUGGUUCAGUAUCUCUUGAGGAGGCUUGCCAAUGGUGUGGACGCUUUCCAGACACAGAUUGGGAUGGUGACUGGCCCAACAACAAGGUCAUCAAGUUCACAGAUGAUACAACGGUGAUCGGACUCAUCUCGGGCAAGGAGAGUGAGCUGGCAUACAGGGACGAGGUGGAGCAGCUGUCAGAGACAAGGUCGACAACCUGCUCCUCAACACCACAAAAACAAAGGAGCUGGUCAUUGAUUUCAGGAAAAAUAAAAUAGACAUCCAGCCACUCAUCAUCGCCAGGGCAUUUCUGGAGAGGGUAUGGAAUAUUAUGUAGCACUAUAUAACGUAGAAUAGUAUUAUGAUAUUAUUAAUAAGCAUGCCAAAUACCCAUGAUGUAAUCAUUACAAUGUAAUCAUUACAAUGUAAUCAUUACAAUGUAAUCAUUAUAAUGUAAUCAACACAAUGUAAUCAACUGAGUAUGUAUUUGCACCUCAUAUUAGCAACUAGAGUUUUUGUUAGCUACUUUAUCUUAGUCCAGAAUCUAUGAUUAUCCACCUUUAUUAGUGUUAUACCUUAUCACUAUGUCGAUGGACAAAUGUAUUAUCAACCCUCUAGCAGGGCCGUUUGAAGGAAUUUGGGGGCCCCAAGCAAAAUGGACAUGGAGGCCCCCCGCACGCACGCACGCACGCAAAGGAACCACAGCAUAGCCAUACAGUUUAAAUUCACUCACACUUUAUAUAAAUAAAAAAGGUUUACAGUGAAAAUACUGCUGUUGCAUAUACUGUGCAUAAAUAAAAAAAUGUUUAGAGUGCAAAUACUGCUGUUGCAUAUAAAGUGCAUAAAAUUUGAACAUUUUCAACAAUUGAACAUUUGCAAAAAACACCACUGUACCAUAAAAUCAAAUAUACAUUAAAAAAGUGCACAAUAACUAAAUCCAACAUACUUAAAAACACACACACACAUACAUACUCACAUUAACAUUUUUCAGUUCUCUCAAACAUGUGCAAAUUAUCUAAAACUGCUGUUUGCGAGCCUUGUUUUCUGCAAAGGCAAUCACAAUGUCCUCCAUGUCCAAAGACUGGCGAACAUCCCGCUCAAUUGACAUAAGUGCCAGUCCUGUGAGCCUUUCUUGGCCCAUGGUGGACCUCAUGUAAUUUUUUAUCAGCUUCAAAGCUGAAAAGCUCCUCUCACCAGAGGCCACUGACACAGGGAGAGUCAGGAGUAGACGCAAAGCGAUGCUUAAAUUACUGUACAAAUCCAGUAGCUUCUCACUGUAAAUGUAAUUAAGCAUGUCAAAUGGGGAAGUGGCUAUAAUAAUAACAAUCAUUAAUAGAAGGUAAAUUGACAGUUAAUUAAUCUUUAGUCUUUAGCUAUGCAUUUACUGAAUGAGCACUGUGCAGAUGUUCGUCCGACUGUACUGUAUUUUAUUUUAUUUUUCUAAACUGUUUUAAUUAUUCUUAUUUCUUUUUAUUAUUUUAAUUUCUUCUAUGUAAAGCACUUUGAAUUGCCAUUGUGUAUGAAAUGUGCUAUAUAAAUAAACUUUUUACUGUUAACAAACAAUGAAAUUAUAAUUAAAUGUUUACUAAUUAUUAGUAGUGCUGUGAGUCGACUACCAAUGCUUAAAAACAUCCCAAGCUAAUGUUUGAUGCACAGAAUUUAUUGUGUGGUUUUCCUAAAUAGAUUAUCACAGUGGAAUAGUUAGUAUAGCAUGCUAUGCCACUUUCAUCAAAACCUAUUACAAAGCUAUAGCAAUGUCAUGUCAUUAAAUAUGAUAAACAGCGAUUCUGGAACAGAUCUGCGUCUUCCUUACCCCGUUAAAAAACAUAUUACAGUAUGUAACCAUAUUCCGUCCGUUCAAAAAAAAAGUUGCUCUAACUGUUCGUUACAAGCAGCAUUUGCUGUCAGGCAGGUAGCUUAGCUAACAUACAUAAACAUAUUUCUGCUAGCCUACCUGCUGCAAAAUUGCACCAUUUGUACAAGACAAGUAGACGGCUGAGGGACCAAACAGUACAAGAAAUGAUGGAGAAACUUAUCACCCAGGGGUGUGGAUUAAGGGAGAAAACAAUGAUUGUGAAUGGUUGAAGAGAUGAUGAUGUUCAAGUGACGAGAUAUUGUUACAUGAUAAGAACUGGUAUAAAAAUUGGUGUAAAACAAUAUUGGACACACUUCUAUGUGUCCAGCCUUGGUUGUAACUUCAUUAUUGCAAUAAAGACUGCAUU